UUUAUUCUCUCCAAACGUUUUGCUUCAUAAUUGUACUCGCCUGAUGAGAAGUAUCGAAAAGCAUAUUCUUCGCGCACUUGCUUACUUCUGACUCAAAGGGGGAUUAUUUAUGAAUUGAUAUGGCUUGCUUAGACCCACAUACGUAAAAGCCUAAUAUUUUCAGCAAGUUGUGUCUUCUUAGUGUUAAAAGUGUUGGAUACGGGCGUACUUUCCUUCCCCAACGAUACUGGAGACAGCCUUCCUAUAUUUGCGGCCGUGACCGUGCUUCUGUGAACUCGCCAUAUUAUGCAAGUUAGCGAAAAACCUUAAAUUCCAUGUACUUUACAAGUGGCUGUGCAGUAUUUCCCACAGGGCAGCCGUCCAAUCCGUUUGCGUCCCUGACCAAGACAAAAGGUAGCAACUUUUCCCACCCUGAUGUCUUUAACGCAUAUCAUACGCACCAUCCUGACAGUACUCCUACAACUCCGCUAUUGGCAAACCAUUACGCUUUCCUCCAAAUGGACAAGUGGCUCAAGUUUGGAUCAGUUGGUUCCCAAAAUGAUUGUUAUCACACUUCUGAUGCUCCCCAGCCCAGAGUGAAUUGCUCUACAACCAUUCCUUCUCACACUUCAACAGUCAUGUCGGGUCAGAAAGACCGCCGAAAACAUUUGAUGUCCACUCUCAUCGGCAUCGAACAGGACCAAAGCAAUGAGCUCACGCAAAUGCGACCUCAACCUGACACAGUGCCAAGCGAUAUGCGUAUCCCAAAACGCACAAGUGUUACAGCAUCAACCGAACGCCCCACUCGAAUCAAGCGUAAACGGACCAUUCAGCGUGCAAGUCAGGUGCCACGCGAGAGCAAAGAACCUCCCAAUGGCCUCCCCUUACAGCUGUUCGCGUCUAUGUUAGGUUUUCAAACCACAGCGAUAAAUGCAAUGGGAAAUAUGUCUCAAAGUCAGAGUACCAACCCAGUAUCCAACAUCACUUGUGAUCCAUCCAUUCGCCUCUACAACUCGUGCAUGCGGACAACAGCUGAAUCGUCACAUCCAAUCAGGUCUACCAGUAGUACCAAUACGAAUUUUGUUAACCCGUGGAACUUAAAUGGAAUCAACGAGUACCACCAGUUGGGCUCUAAUUACAUAUCCAAUGCGGAUGAUGUGACACUUUCAUCCAGUCUUGCGACUGCAGGUCCCUGGAAGUCCAGCACGCCCAGCCUGGACCCCGGAUACGUGAUAGCGGCGUUAGAAUGCUUCCGAGCAUCAGCCCGGAAUCUUGGUCUUCCAACUAAUCCUUUUCCUGAACGCAUUCCCACCAACUCAGAGCCCUUUUCGUGGCUUAGUUCUUGGGGCCCCAACACAGACCGACAAAGGAUGUCGAAUCACGUCAGUCCCGUUGGUGACCACACAUAUUUACGCAGUUCAUCGAGCUCUAACACCAGUUCAUUGGAAGAUGGCGAAGUCACCGGUGUGGAAAAGACCACGGAGUUGGGUACUAUAUUCAAAUGCGACGACUGCCGAAAACGUUUUGUCACCCCUCAUGGAUUAGAAGUGCAUUUAAGGAGGUCCCACGGUGGGAAAAGAUCAUUUGAAUGCCAGCUGUGUCAAAAGACUUUUGGACACGCAAUAAGUCUGUGCCAGCACGAAAGUGUUCACUGCUCUGAUCGACACUUUCAAUGUGGAGAAUGUGGGAAAACUUUCAAGCGUUCGUCUACGCUGAGCACACACCUACUCAUUCACAGUGACACCAGACCGUACCCUUGUCAAUACUGCGGAAAGCGGUUUCAUCAGAAGUCCGACAUGAAAAAGCACACGUACACACAUACAGGUGAAAAGCCAUACGUCUGCCUACAGUGUGGAAAAGCGUUCAGUCAAUCUUCUAACUUGAUAACGCACUCCCGUAAGCACACUGGAUUUAAGCCUUUCUCUUGCCUGCACUGCAUGCGAGCUUUUCAACGUAAAGUCGAUCUUAGACGCCAUAUGGAAACUCAACAUGAGUCUAUUCAACCAUCCACCAAGACGUUCCCUUCCCUUUCCCGGUCCACCCAAGAAUCACGUUUGGGUGAUACCACUCCGAGCCCGCGCUGCACAAGCAUGGCCGAAGGAAAUGUCGACGCUAAACUCGAUCAUCUGCAUCAGUCCUCGCAGGCUGAAGGAGUCAGCAAAAUUCGCAGUGAGCCGUUUCGGCAAGACUGUCUCAGCGUUCCUGGUGUUUCUUCAAGUGACAACAGUUACGUGACCCAAUUCGAAGCAAGAAACAAGUCUACCGAGACAUUUGGGGACAAACCACUUAUGUAUUCUAUCGAGAGAAUGCUAGAUUUGAAAAAAUAACUAGCAAAACAAUACAAAAAGAUCAUGUACAUGAAAAGUAACGAAACUCACUGAUCAGUUCCCAUAACUGCCUGUUCGUAAUGGUUGCAUUUAUACUAUACUAUGUACUGGAGCAUGUCAGUUACGGGCUAAAAACGAACAAGAGUUAUAC